AUGCUAGCCCAUCGCCUAAUCGAUACGUUAAUACUUCCCACUCUCGCCGGGCUGGCUCUCCUACCGACAACAUGGGCCAAGGAUACUCAAUAUAUCACCGGCAUGAGCCUGGACGGCGUCACAGCAAGUUUAGCGCUCGAUAGACGACCCGCAUUAUAUACGGGCGAUUUUGGUGACUGUCUUGGUGGACAGAGCUUGCUAAAUAUCACCAAGUUUGACGCCGCCUUCUACUACGAUAAUUCUACCGUUCUCUUCCAUCUCGACGGAACUACCAAUAUACGCGAUGAAGCUGUUAUGCUUUAUAUCUCCGUCGAAGCUUACGGCGAAAGUAGAUUUGCGAUGGCCGUAAAUCCGUGCAAUGUGAAUAUCUACAGUAUGUGCCCUAUGAAGGCCGAACAGCCCAUCGAGGCCUUUGCUUUGUUACCAGUCGGCCCGCUACAGGUUUCUGGAAUCCCGCAAAUCGCCUACGAAGUUCCCGACCUCGAGGGGUUCGCGAGGAUACAGGUAUUCGCCAACUCUAGCCAAACUGAAAUUGGGUGUUUCCAAGCCGUGAUGAAGAACGGGAAUACAUUUUCGCAACCUGAAUCGAUCAGUACCGUCCUAGGUGUCUUUACUCUCGUGGCCAUAAUAGCUUCGUUUGCGACAGCAGCUUAUGGUGUCAGCAUACCCCAUAUGAGGAGUCAUUACGCUCACUCAUUGUCUGUCCUUGUCAUAUUCGAAACCUUCCAGUCCAUAUUCUAUUCCGGCGCGCUAUCACUACCUUGGCCCAGCGUACUUCCGGCGUGGUGGAGCAACUUUGCGUGGGCUGCUGGCUUGGUACCUAGCGCUCAGGUGGUGAAUUCGCUUAAUCACUUUGUUGGCGUCAGCGGCAAUGCAAGUCAGGUCGGAGGAGCUGGCAGCACGGUCAUUAAUAACCAAGGAGGUCUCACCCAGCAGAUUUAUGGCCGUUCGCUCAUAUCGUACGUCGCUACCGAACUCUCUGAGAGAGGUUCAGGGAUUUUGAAGGGUGCUGUCAAUGCUCUAGCGAAAAGACAGCCCUACGAUCCGAAUGAUCCCUACGAUUAUAACUGGAAUGGCAAUCCGGUUCGUCCGGGGAUGCCAUUGCCUGGCACUUCUCCCGGGUUUGCAGGUGAGCUAUCCGAGUUAAGCAUUCCUGCUCCGAAUGCGUUCAUAGUUGGGUUAAUCUGGCUCCUUGUCGUACUCGGGCUUGUGGUUUUCCUACUGAUUGCUUUCAAAUAUUCCCUUGAGGGCUUGGUGAAACUUAAAUGGAUCAAACAAGAUCGCUUGGAGUAUUUUCGAUCUCAUUGGACGGGUUACUUGAGUCUUGCUGUUCUAAGGACGUUAUUUAUUGCGUUCUUCUCUAUUACCACUCUGGCCAUGUUUCAGUUUGCUAUCCACGGUUCUGCUGGGCCUACUGCGAUAGCUGCUAUUGUUUUCGUUAUCCUAAUGGUUGGUAUGGGUGGCUUGGUCUUAUAUGCGCUACACUUUCGGUUGCGUUUCAGCACAUUCGCUAUGGAUUCCGACCGGAUCUUGCUACGACAUGGUAAGAUCUUUGGGUAUGUUCCCUGUUUGGUGCCAGUCCGUCUCAGCCAGUUGAAAGAGGAAGAAUUGAGAGAGAAGCCAGCUGGUUCCCUGCCUUUCGUUCGCUGGCAUUUCGUUGAUAAAGACCCCAAUCGGAAAAACGUCCACCAGGAUGAGAUGUAUGUGAAACGAUUUGGCUGGCUGUCUGCGCGUUAUAGACUCUCGAGGUGGUGGUUUUUUGCAUUUUGGUUGCUCUAUCAGUUCAUCCGCGGUUGCUUUCUGGGGGGUGGUUCGGGCAAUCCCCUCGCUCAGGUUUUUGGGCUUUUUAUCGUCGAUAUCCUCGCUCUUAUUGUCAUAGCGGCCCUUAAUCCUUAUGAAGGGCAGCGCAAUACCGCUCUAGCGGUUUGGUUGCUAGCACUCACCCGAGUGAUAACCACCGGCCUCUCGAUUGCUUUUCUUCCCGAUUUUAAUCUCGAUCGCAUAGUGGUCACGGUGAUCGGGGUCGUCAUUAUCGUGAUCCAGGCCCUUCUUACGAUUGCGGUCAUGAUUCUGAUAAUCAUCGGCGGCAUAUCCUCAUGGAUGUCAUUAUCUCGAAACCGCGAAUAUUUCACUUCGCAGAGCCUCGAAGGGAUUCGAAUUCGUUAUUUUGAACAUAUUGAGCAAAGGGCAACCGAUCAGCCUCCUCCACCGAAACCUAAAUCGAGAACAGUAACGGAAUCAGGUUCUACGGAGAAAUUCCCAGAGCUGCUACCAGAGCCAUACUUCACUGUUAAGUCUGUUCGACGAGCUCCGAAGAUCGAAGAUGAGGAUGAUGACUACCUGGCCGACAUAAACCCAGUACGUGUGUCACACGUUCCUGUGGGAAGAGCUAGCCGCACUGCUAGUAUCAGCUCGCGGCGUUCGGUCAGUAGUAUACCCCGUGGAGCGAAGGUGCAACGCGCUUCAUGGAGUUCCAGAGACUUUUCUCAAGCGGACCUAGAUCGCCCCAAUCCUAUUCUCGUGAGACGGAUGAGCGGCGGUACUCGACCUGGUUCUGCGAAGAUAGCUGAUGGCUUACCGGGACAAGCCUUGGCGACACCGGCUCCUAGUCGCCCGAUGACUCCUACGAAGGAAGUUCCCGAGAAGGAAAAGGAAUCCGAAAUAGAUGGAAUGAAGGAAAUCGAGGUUGACAAAGACGCUGAGAAAGGCAUAAAGGACUCUCAAUAG